AUGUUGUGGCAUAUAGUUGUAACGUUCUUGUAUAGCGAGAUGUUCGUUGUUUUGCUGAUGAUUCUUCCAUUCUUCUCAUCACAAACAUGGAGCAAAUUCUUCAAAUUCAGCAUAAUCCAGAAGAUUUCAGAAAAAUCAUCAUUCUAUUUUCGUUUAUUUCUCGUAAUGUUAGUAUGCGUGUUAGCUGAAGCACUUCGUAAUAUAUGGGUACUGAGACAAGCCUAUAAUUCAAUUAAAGAUCAUCCUCAUGAAAUGCGUCCAGAAACAGAAUCUCUUUACUUAAUGCGUAUGUUCCGUGCUCAACGUAAUUUUUAUAUUACUGGAUUUUCGUUAUUCGUGUGGUUUGUACUGCAUCGUCUUGUCAGUUUACUUUCGGAACAUGCCAAAAUGCAAGCUUCCGAAGAGGCAAGUAUUAAACAAGCUCAGAGUGCAACAGCAGCAGCGCAACGUUUGUUAGAUCAAUCAAAAGUUACUGAUAGUGAUACGGAAGAUAUAUAUCCUGAUACUAUGGAAGCAUUAAAAGAUGAAUUGGCGAAAUUAACUAAGAAAUUUGAAUCUGAGGAAAAAGCUCAUCAAAAAACUAAACAAGAUUUGGAAACUUUAAAGAAACAAACUCUUCAAACGAAUACUGAAUAUGAUCGUGUCACACAAGAAUGUCAAAAACUACAAUAUCGUCUUCAAAUGUUAGAAGGUGGUGGUUCAACAAACAAGAAAGCUGAUUAG